AUGGCAACCCUAGACGCCGCUGCAAAGGCCCGCCUUGAUCUCAUCACCGAGAACCUCGCCGAAACCCUCAACCCGGAGAUCAUCGAGUCCAUCCUCGCCGAGGGCCGAAACCCGCGUAUUUACUGGGGCACUGCGACAACAGGACGCCCUCACACUGGCUACUUCGUCGCCGCUAUCAAGAUCGCCCAGCUGCUCGCUGCAGGAUGUGAGGUCGUUGUUCUGCUGGCGGACAUCCACGCCUUCCUGGACAACCUGAAGGCGCCGCUUGAGCUGGUUGAGAACCGCGCAAAGUACUAUGCCAAGGUCAUCCGGGCAAUCUUAGAGUCUGUCGGCGUGCCCACUGAGAAGUUGGAGUUUGUUCUGGGAAGCUCUUACCAGAAGUCUCCGGAGUACACGAUGGAUGUUUACAAGCUCUCAUCGUUGGUUAGUGAGCACGAUGCUAAGAAGGCCGGUGCGGAGAUUGUCAAGCAGAGUGCCAAUGCGCCUCUGAGUGGUCUGCUCUACUCAAUUCUGCAGGUGCUUGAUGAGGAGCACCUGAAUGUUGAUGCUCAGCUGGGAGGUAUGGACCAGAGGAAGCUUUUCGCUGCGGCUGUGGAGUGGUUGCCCAAGAUCGGAUACCGAAAGCGUGCCCACUUGGUCACACCAAUGGUUGCCGGUCUCAGCGGUGGUAAGAUGAGCUCCAGUGUUCAAGACAGCAAAAUCGACCUCCUCGACGGUCCCGACGUCAUUCAAAAGAAGAUCCGCAAGGCCGAAGCUGCCCCCAAGGUCGUCGAAGACAAUGGCGUCAUCGCCAUGGUCGAAUACGUUCUCCUCCCGGCCGCCGGCCUGAAGGGCAAGAAGGAAUUCGUUGUCGAGCGCCGCGACGCCGAACCCCUCGUCUACACCGACAUCGCUAAGCUGAAGGAGGACUACCAAAACGACAUUCUGACCCCGCAAUCCCUUAAGCCCGCUGUCACCGCGGCGCUGACGAGCCUGAUGGCGCCAAUCCAGGAGGCGUACCAGGCCUCGCCCGAGUGGCAGGAGAUUACGGCGCAGGCAUACCCUCCACCUGUUGUCGAGAAGAAGCAGAGGAAGGUCAAGGACAAGGGAACUCGCCACCCUGGUGCGCAGGUCCAGGCUAAGGCUCAGGCCGAGGCCAAGGCUGAGGUUGAGGGUGAGAAGAAGGCGCAGGAGCUUCCUGAGCGGCCGAAGGCUGAAAACUAA